CACAUCUUCGACUUCCCUGUUUCAUCAGACUAGAAACAACGUCCACACCACCAGCCAUGUGCCAUCAGCAACCCUCAAGCUACAACACCGCCGGUCCGUUCAUUAGCUACGCACAGCCUGCCGACACCUGGUACUGCAGUGAGUGUAACGCUCUAAACAUGAACUGGUACGAUGUCUGUCCCGUCUGCAACCAAGGAACCAGGCAGUCUGCUACCUAUCGGUCAAACGCUUCAAGCUACACUUCUCAUGGUAGUGCAGGCUCGCCAGCCCCGGGUUCAUGGGCUUGUGACAAUUGCGGUGCUUCAAACUCGGAUAACACGCCUGACUUCUGUCCCAUAUGUGGCGCCAGCCGUUGAAAGCAGAUUUUCGGUGUGCUGCGUUGGACAGCUUUCCUCUAUUCAGUUCGUGCUUUCAGUUCCGUCUUGUUUUUGCCGUACG